CUCAUAGCGCGCCCGUUUGAAAUUUCUAUAUCUAUUGAAAAGUCCAACGACUGCGAUUACGCCUCCAGACGUUCGAUAUGCUUGCCGAGAGGCCGAUUUAGAGUGCAUUUAAUUGAUGCAAUAUUUCGUCUUUGCAUACUUAGCUGCUCUCCUGAAGGCAAUAGUGCUAUAUGCGGCGCCUUUCGUGGAAGUUACCGGCUAUAAAGACCUAGACUGUUGGUGCUUCACUAACUCCUAUCUCGCGCACGAGGUCUUAAGGCUGCGCUCUCGUGUACCCCCGCUGGGUCGCACCUAUGUUGAAACUGAGAGCCUUGUUAAGAUCGGUAGGAAGAUUGAAGACAUUGAUGCAAUUGCAAGUCGUGGUUCAUAUGGCUUUGGCUUACCUAGGAGUUUUGUAUAAGGCAGACACUGCCUUGGUUUCUAAGAGGGUUGUACGAAGUAUCCUACAUCAAGUAUGGUGGUUAGCCAAGGAGAGAUCUGCCC